AUGUGCUCAGACAGGCUCUGCAGGCCCUUCUGCAUGCUCAUAGUGACGAUCACCCUCCUCCUGCACGCCCCCCUCGGGCUGUGUAACUUGGCCGAUGAGGACUGCUUUCUUGGAAUGAGCAGCACUGUGCUCAAGGAAGGGGACGUGCUGAUAGCGGGACUUUUCUCUCUUUUAACUGUUAUGCUGGAUUUAAAGAAAAUGAUGUUUUAUGUUUUAUCAACUCUGUGCUUUGUAUGCAGGCUUAUGCCCAACAUCUACCAGAAUGUUCUAGCCUUUAUUUUUGCCAUUGAAGAGAUCAAUAGAAAUCCUCACCUUUUACCCAAUAUAUCUCUGGGAUAUGAAUUCCAUAACUUCAAGCCCAAUCAUUGGAGGAUGCUGGAGAGCUCCCUCACCUUGCUCACAGGACAGGACGAUCUCCCCAAUUACACUUGUGUGAGAGCGAGCAAGCCCAUAGCUGUACUAACAGAGACAUCAUGGACAAUGGCUAUUCACAUUGGGACCCUGCUGGGACUCUACAAAUUUCCACAGCUUACCUUUGGCAGCUUUGACCCUACGCUGAGUGAGAAUCCACAGUUCUCCUCUCUCUAUCAGAUGGCCCCGAAGGACACAUCUCUGGCUCUUGGCAUAGUCUCUCUGAUGCUUUACUUCAGCUGGACCUGGGUGGGGCUGGUCAUCACAGAAGGUCAGAAAGGUAACCUGUUUCUAUCAGAUGUGAAAACCGAGACGAACAGGAAUGAAAUCUGUGUGGCCUUUGUGCAAAUGAUCUCCAAUGUUAUUCUGUCAGCUAUCUCUCACGCACAGCAACGUGACUUCCUGCGCAGGGAGGGGUCACCAGUAAGUGUUGUGAUCGUUUACUAUGACACUGAGAGUUCCAAUGACAUCAACUACCACAUUGGGCAAUAUGUAAUGACACACACUGUCUGGGUCACAAACUCACAGUGGCAUGCCGACAUGGCUGGGAGGAAUUUCAUACUUGAACCACUCCGUGGAACUCUCAUUUUUUCGAGGCAUCAUGAGGAGGUUGGUGGUUUCCAGAAUUUUAUUCAGGCAGUUAACCCUUCCACAUAUCCAGAUGACAAUUUCCUUACUCUGUUUUGGUACGAGCAUUUUCAGUGCUCGGUCUCUGAUUUUGACUGUAGAUUGGAGAACUGCAUACCUAACGCCUCUCUGGCGUGGCUGCCUGUGAACCGUUUUGAGAGGACCAUGAGUGAUGAUAGUUAUCACACGUACAAUGCUGUGUAUGCUGUGGCCCACGCCCUCCAUGAGAUGCUUCUUCAGCGAGGCCAAACACAAUCAAUGGGAAAUUGUGAAGGGAUACUCUUUCCUGCUAAGCAGCUUCACCUCUACUUGAAGAAUCUUCAGUUUAACAAUCCUGCUGGAGAUCCAGUGAACUUAGAUGACAAAAGGAAACUGGAUGCAGAGUAUGACAUUCUCAACUUUUGGAAUUUUCCAGAAGGCCUUAGACUUAAGGUCCGUGUUGGAUCAUUUUCCUCACGUGUUCCACAUGGUCAACAAUUGUCUAUAUCUGAGGACUUGAUAGAGUGGGCCACAGGAAGUACAGAGACUCCCCACUCUGUAUGCAGUGAGAGCUGUGAUCUGGGAUUUCGAAAGUCCUUUCAGGAGGGAAAAAUGGCCUGCUGUUUUGAUUGCACCCUGUGCCCAGAAAAUGAGAUCGCCAAUGACACAGGUAUGGAGGAAUGUGUGAAGUGCCCGGAUCACCAGUAUGCUGAUCUUCAUCGCAAACACUGCCUCCAAAAAUCGGUGACGUUUCUGGCUUAUGAAGAUGCCUUGGGGAAGGCUCUGGCUGGCACAGCCCUGAGCUUCACCACUCUCACAGCGAUUGUUCUUGGGCUCUUUGUGAAGCACCGCGACACUCCGAUCGUCAAGGCCAAUAACCGCAGUCUCAGUUACAUCUUGCUCCUCUCUCUGUCCUGCUGCUUCCUCUGCUCCUUGCUCUUCAUUGGCCAGGCCAGCACAGCCACCUGUGUCCUGCAGCAGACCACAUUUGGAAUUGUGUUUACCGUGGCAGUUUCCACGGUCUUGGCCAAAACCAUUACUGUGGUGCUGGCCUUUAAGGUCACUGGCCCAGCCAGAAGGAUGAGGCAGUUGCUGGUGUCAGGGGCCCCUAACUGCAUCAUCCCCAUCUGCUCCCUGAUCCAACUCACUCUCUGUGGAGUCUGGAUGGGAACAAGUCCACCGUUCAUCGACACAGAUGCCCACUCUGAACAUGGCUUCAUCAUCAUCGUGUGCAACAAGGGCUCCCUCACCGCCUUCUACUGUGUCCUGGGGUACCUGGGCUUGCUGGCCCUGGUGAGCUUCAGCGUGGCUUUCCUGGCCAGGAACCUGCCCGACACGUUCAAUGAAGCCAAGUUCCUGACCUUCAGCAUGCUGGUGUUCUGCAGCGUGUGGGUCACCUUCCUGCCCGUGUACCAUAGCAGCAAGGGGAAGGCCAUGGUGGCCAUGGAGGUCUUCUCCAUCUUGGCCUCCAGUGCAGGGCUGCUGGGUUGCAUCUUUGCCCCUAAGUGUUACAUUAUUUUAUUUCAAAAAGAUAUAUAUUCUUUGCAGGGAAUUAAAGGGAAAACACAUUUUAGGAGAAGGCUUAUGCCCAACAUUUACCAGAAUGUUCUAGCCUUCAUUUUUGCCAUUGAAGAGAUCAAUGGAAAUCCUCACCUUUUACCCAACAUAUCUCUGGGAUACGAAUUCCAUAACUUCAAGCCUAAUCACUGGAGGAUGCUGGAGAGCUCCCUCACCUUGCUCACAGGACAGGAUGAAAUCCCCAAUUACACCUGUGUGAGGGCAAACAAGCCCAUAGCUGUACUGACAGAGACAUCAUGGGCUAUGGCUGUUCACAUUGGAAGCCUCCUGGGACUCUACAAAUUUCCACAGCUUAUCUUUGGCAGCUUUGACCCUAUGCUGAGUGAAAACCCACAGUUCUCUCUCUAUCAGAUGGCCCCAAAGGACACAUCUCUGGCUCUUGGCAUAGUCUCCCUGAUGCUUUACUUCAGCUGGACCUGGGUGGGGCUGGUCAUCACAGAAGGUCAGAAAGGUCAUCUGUUUCUAUCAGAGGUGAAAGCGGAGAUGAACAGGAAUGAAAUCUGCGUGGCCUUCGUGCAAAUGAUCUCAAGUGCUGUUCUGUCAGUUGUCACUCACACACAGCAACGUGACUUCCUGCACAGGGAGACAUCACUAGUAAGUGUAGUGAUCAUUUACUAUGACACCGAGAGUUUCAGUGACAUCAACUACCACAUUGGGCGAUAUGUAAUGACAUGCACUGUCUGGGUCACAAACUCACAGUGGCAUGCCGACAUGGCUGGGAGGAAUUUUCUACUUGAACCAUUCCGUGGCACUCUCAUUUUUUCAAGGCAUCAUGGGGAGGUCUGUGGUUUCCAGAAUUUUAUUCAGGCAGUUAACCCUUCCACAUAUCCAGAUGACAAUUUCCUCACUCUGUUUUGGUAUGAGCAUUUUCAGUGCUCGGUCUCUGAUUUUGACUGUAGAUUGGAGAACUGUAUACCUAACGCCUCUCUGGCAUGGCUGCCUGUGAACCGUUUUGACAGGACCAUGAGUGAUGAUAGUUAUGACACGUACAAUGCUGUGUAUGCUGUGGCCCAUGCCCUCCAUGAGGUGCUUCUUCAGCGAGGACAAAGACAAUCAGUGGGAAAUUGUGAAGGGAUACUGUUUUCUGAUAGGCAGCUUCACUUCUAUUUGAAGAAUCUUCAGUUUAACAAUCCUGCUGGAGAUCCAGUGAACUUAGAUGACAAAAGGAAACUGGAUGCAGAGUAUGACAUUCUCAACUUUUGGAAUUUUCCAGAAGGCCUUAGACUUAAGGUCAAAGUUGGAUCAUUCUCCUCACGUGUUCCACGUGAUCAACAAUUGUCUAUAUCUGAGGACUUGAUAGAGUGGGCCACAGGACGUUCAGAGACUCCCCACUCUGUAUGCAGUGAGAGCUGUACUCUAGGAUUUCGAAAGUCCCAUCAGGAGGGAAAGUUGGCCUGCUGUUUUGAUUGUAUCCUUUGCCCAGAAAAUGAGAUUGCCAAUGACACAGCUUUGCCUUCUGAUAUGCAUUUUUCUGGUGGUGCUGGUGAUUUUGCUUUAUACCCUCUUGAGUAA